GAGGUGGGAGCGUGAGAGAGAGAGACCAAUGGAGGAUCGUAAGAAACGAAGGAGCCCCAAGUCGUCGUUCUCGGGCGGCGCUCAGCCCGGACCCCACCAGAACCCCGGCGCGGCCCCCACGCCCGCGGCCCGCGGCGCCGCCACCGCCGCCGCCGCCGUCACGGGCAGCAAGAGCGCCACGUUCAGCGGCAGCAGCCCGCCCGGCACCGCCAUCUCCCCCAGGCACCCCGCCAAGCCCAAGGGCAGAGCGGCCAAGCCCCGCACCUCCGCCGCCACAGCCCACCACCGCGCCGGCGCCCCCAUGCCCGCUACCGCCACGGCCAGCGCCGUGGCCCCCGGCGCGCCACCCAAGGGGCCGGUGACAGCCGUGGCUGGACCCACGCAGCAGCACUCGUUCCUGACGGACGUGUCGGAGGUGCGGGAGAUGGAGCGCGGCCUCGUUAACCUCCUCAACGACUUCCACUGCGGCAAGCUGCAGGCCUUCGGGAGCGAGUGCUCGUUCGAGCAGAUGGAGCACGUGCGCGAGCUCCAGGAGAGGCUCGCGCGCCUCCACUUUGACCUGGACGUGGAGAGCGAGGCAAUGGCAGAGGACGCGCGCAAGGGGGUGGCCAGCCGCAACCUCGAGCAGCUGCUGUCCAACGUGAGGGGGCCGUGCCUGGAGGAGCUCAGCUCUUCAAUACAGAAACUGCACGUCAGCGACUCCCAGUCCUUGCCACGGUCGGCCAGCGCGUGAGCCCGCACGGCACAGACCGACGCAAUCCAGCCCCACCCGGACUAGACCCAGACCAAUCCGGAUCCAGCCAAACCCAGACCGGACUCAUCCCAACCUGGACCGGAUCCAUUCCAACGUGGACCAGACUGGACAAAUCCAAACCCGGACCAGACCGAGCCAAACCCGGACCAGACUCAUCCCAACCCGGACCGGACCGAUCCCAACCUGGACUGGAUCCAGCCAAACCCGGACCGGACCCAUCCCAACCCGGGCCCAUUCCAACCUGGACUGGAACCAUCCCAACCCGAACCAGACCGGACCCAGCCGAAGCUGAGCUUGACUCACCUUACCCAGAGCAGCAGCUCGGACCUGACUCUGGGCCGUCGAACUGAGCUGAACUGGACCUGCGCCCAAACUGGGUUGGCAACCGCCAAUCAGAUCAUGGACAGAGGUCACAUGACCCUUAGGCACUGUGUGUUUUGUAGACCCGGGACGCGUCCAAACAGAGCAUUCUGAGCCGGGUGAAUUGUGUUAUUAAACAAUAAAAUGUUCAACUGUUUCCUCAUAAGUUGCAUUAAACAAUAAAAUGUUAAACUGUUUUCUCAUAA